GAAAAAUUACAAAUCAAAACUCCGGCGUCUCCCAUAUCUCCUAAAUACGCUAAUUCUGAGUCUAUUAAAUCUCCUAAAUACCCCAAUUCUGAGUCUAUUAAAUCUCCUAAAUACCCCAAUUCUGAGUCCGUUAAAUCACCUCACGACGAAGAGACUUUGCUUCGGUCACCAACUCUUAAUAAUGGAAGACCAUUGUCUGAUGGAGUUACACAGAGCAGCAAAAACUCUUCUCCAAAAUCUCCAGACGGUGAUAGUUUGGAAUAUAAUAUGAGGUCAACGAGAAGUAUGCAAAGUUUACAAAAUUCCAGUGAAAAAGAGGAAAUGAGAAAUGUACUUGAUGAAACUUCCGGACACGUCCAAUGA